UAUUGAAUUUGAUAGUGUUGAUAUAGCAUUUCCAAUUGCAAUUAGAGCUGGCUGCUCGUUCAAAAGUUAUUGCUUUAAAAAAUUUUGCUAAUUUUAUUAAAAAUUACCCAAUAAUGUGAUUGUUGUUCACCUCAAUAUUGCCCAUCGCAUAUUCGCAUGUAUUUUCUAUGGGAUUUCUUGUCCUUAUGGGACAGAUUUGCGAUUAUAGGCCAAAUAGAUUUGACUAUAUCGAUUUUUUUUUGGCUAUUUUCGGAAAAGUUAAAACUAAGAGGAACGAAAGCAAAGGAAUUGAAAGACGGAUGGUAUUCUAGAGCGAAUCGGUUUGAAACUUAAAACGGAAAACUAGGAAUAGGCCGACUCAUAUGGCGAUGUCUAGUCCCAGUGUUCCGUUUCUAGUUUAUAACUGAUUCGCUCUAGAAAACCUAUGCGUCUUUCAAUUCCAUUGCUUUCGUUCCUCUUAGUUUGAACUUUUCCGAAAAUAGCCAACAAAAUCGAUACAGUAGAGCCCUGCAACAAUUGAAAGAAAGUAACACAGAAUAGGUCUGAAUUAAAAAGAAAAAUCUCCAGUUACACCCUCCUUCGUCAGGAGCGUAAACUCUCCUUCGUCAGGAGCGUAAAACCGUUUGUUCUGGUCCAUAUUUAUUGAUGGGUUGAUAUCUAGGGUCGAAAUAACGGUGUCAUCUUCUGGAGCCUGGAAAGCCAUAUCUCCAAAACAUUUUCGAGACUAAGAUAUUUUGGACUGUUUGGCUAUUUUCUUUUUCCAUCUUCUGCUUUUCUGUGUGUUAUGCUUGUUAAUUGGGUUCCGUGUCUUCUGAACGUUUUACACGUGUGAUGUAGUGUUUCAUUUUUACCCAAAAAUGAGCUCACUAGGAGGUUGAUAACAGUCUAUUAUCUUUCUUCGGACAAAACUAGCCUAGUACCGUGUAGCAUCUGGCAGAUUGAAGUAUCUCAGCCAAGAAUUUAUCCACUGGGUCCUGCUCCUAUGUCGUAAGGGGUAACUGAAAACAGGAGCCCUCAAGUUCGACUAUUGACUGUCAUUGUGUUGUCACUCUCCAUCUCACUACCUUUUUCUUUUCGCUCCCUUUCCGUUCCGAUAAAUGAUAAGACGCCAUAGCAAGGUACAAAUCUUCGAAUAACAUGGGGAACGUUCCAAUCGAGCCAAUAUAUUGUAAUUCCGGAUACUCUCAAAGUACAGUUUGACACUAUGUCCAUUUCGAGAAAAACACGAGUUGACUAAAACGUGCAACCGUUCCCCUAAGCCCCCACACCCAUAAAUAUAUCACUUUUAUCUGCUGACAGACCUGGCGUUAUCAGUGGCAAAUCGUAUCCCGCCAAGCCAAAUUACACUCUGUUUUAAAUAUAAAGAAGAACCAACAAACACAAGGUAUAAUAAGUCACCAGCAACUGAAUAACAACUGCGAUGUUUUAUUCAUUCAGUUUUCCCAAGUGGCAUUUCGUUUCUCAGUUGGAAUCAAGCUUCAGUUGUAAACAAACCGUUCAAUUUUGACCUGCUUUCCAUUUAGUUUAGUGCUGAAAAUCCUAUCAGUAGCGUUGACACUGAUUACUCCAAACAAAUUCUCGUUCAUCACACCUAUCCAGCUAACACAGUUGAUAGCGAUACACAUUUCAGAGGUCGAAAAAAGCGCAGCAGAGUCCAGUUUUCAGCUUCGAAUACUCAUCAAUUCAGUCUAAGAAAAUGUGCAUUUUAUUCAUCUACGUGAAUAACAACGGAGAACCUGGUCACGGAGAGUACAAACUAAUCCUGGCAUCCAACCGGGAUGAACACUACAUCAGACCAGCCAAGACAGCAGCUCCCUGGGAGGAGAGACCACAUGUCAUUGGAGGUCGUGAUAUGGAACCCGGUCGGGAAGGUGGAACCUGGCUAGCAAUUGGUGCUCGCGACGGUGUGAUCCGUGUUGGUGCCCUACUUAACGUAGCCGGUGAAAGCAAAGCCAAUGGGGUAACGGGGCGGGGUCCUAUUGUAUCUGAUUACGUUUCCGGGACGACUCCGAACGAGGAAUACUCGAAGCAACUUUUGGCGAAGGAUACCUACGGACCGUUUAAUUUUAUUUCGGUCGAACUGGAUGCUGCUGGUGGAGCUUCGGUACUGUAUGCCAGUAAUGCUCCGCAUAAGAUUGACCACUGUGAUCUGCGGGAGCCUCUGGGCUUCGGUAAUAGUACGUUGGAUGCACCGCUGGAGAAGGUGAAAUACGGACGAAAGCUUUUCGGGAACAUCGUGGAUAAGCGACUGAAAAUUGAUAAUAAAGACGCGCUAGUUAACGAGCUGUUGGAUCUGCUUAGGAGUAAUGAAAAAUAUUUUCCCGAUGCGGAACUAUCCCGGCGGGCACCUAACUCUGCUGAAAAGCUGGCCAGCAUUAAUGUAUAUUUCCCGGAGUAUGGUUAUGGCAGUCGGACCCGCACUAUCAUCCUGGUCGAUCACGAAAACCGUAUGGAAUUCAUUGAGGAAACAAUGACUUCUACCAACCCGGACGGAGAGUGGGAGCGGACUCACAUAGAACGACAGUUUUAAUAGAUACGAUGGACUUUCGGACCGUUUUCCUACUAAACUUUUGAAUCCGGUUAGAAUUUAA